GCCCUGCCAAUAACCUCCUGCGAAGGAUACCCCCCGACUUUCCCCCACCACACCUGCCUCCCUCGGCUGGGCUCCGCCCCCAGCCCUCCCAGGGAUAGAAAUUUGACUGCCCUGAAGAAGGAAGGAACCAGAUUGUCAAGAUGAGAAAACCGAGAACCUAAGAAGUUAAAUGACUUGUUCAAGGUCACACAGUUGGUUUACUAGUGUCCCAAGGAAAUACAGCAACUAUAUGGAAAAUUAUGACUGAUACUCUAUUGGACCCACAACAAGGGAACAGCAGUAAGGAAAUGGAUAGGCUGUGCCCUCAGCUAUUACUACUGCCCCUACCCCUCCCAGACCGUGGUGUCCCAGGGCCAGUUCAGAGUCCUUCCUAUUCUGAGACCCUCCCACCUCUGCCUGCCAACUCAAACUGCCUGCUUGUGGAAGCCACGGCAACAGAGAGCAGUGCAGGAAGCAUGGAAAUCUUCGUAGAAGCUGUCACUGGAGACUUGUCCCAGAGUGCCCCCGGAGAGACCCCAGGUGUUCUGGUGAAGGUGAUGAAGCUGUACUUUUGUGAAGGCUGUGAGCAGAGCUUUCCUGAGCCCGCACUGCUGGCCCUGCACCAUUGUCCCAACACCAUAUUGCAAUCCAAGGGCAGCCUCUCUAGCCCCCAGCAGUCUGAAGAGCUGAACCCUGGGGAUUCCAUCCUCCCCAAGCCCCUACAGGGGCACAGCCCACCAGGUGGGAAUCCCCUAACAUGCCCAUCAUGUGGGCAGGAAUUUACCCAGCCACAGGCCCUGAAAAGCCACUUCACGAGCCACCAGGUCGCCCCUGAGGACUUUUCCUGCUCUGAGCCAGGAUGCAGGUUCUUUACUAGAGAACGCAAGGGGCUACAGGACCACCUACAGCAGGCCCACAGUUUGGUCCCCGUGCCCUGCCCCUUUCGUGCCUGCCCCUUGCUUUUUGGGAAUCAGCAGGGCAUGGAACUUCACCGCCGCUCCCAUUACCCCUUCCAGUGCAGCCACUGCAGCUACAUGGGCUCUAAUGCCAAGCUGUUCUGCCAGCACCAGCGGAGCCACCUACCUGGGGCUCACAGACAGCCAGCUCCUAGUCAGCACCCCUCUUCUCAGGAGAUGCAGCCAGCAACUGAACGGUCCUCAGGUGAAGGGAAACUUUCUGAAGGAGCGGGUAGCUCCCUGCCUGGUAGGAAGCCAGUGGAAGAGGAGGAGGACAAAGAAGAAAAUGGAAGGGACCUUCUGUCUCCUGAGGAGAAAGAAGAGAAGAAAAAAGAAGAUGAGAGUGAAGCCAAGGGUGGGAGCAGCAAGAAAGUCCAAAAGACACGAAAAGGGACCCGGCAAUUCAAAGGAGAUGUGGCUGCUGGCUCUGAAUCCUUGUUCAAGACCCACAUGUGCCCAGAAUGCAAGCGUUGCUUCAAGAAGCGGACCCACCUGGUGGAGCAUCUCCACCUGCACUUCCCAGAUCCCAGCCUCCAGUGUCCCAACUGCCAAAAGUUCUUCACCAGUAAGAGCAAGCUCAAAAUUCACUUGCUUCGGGAGCUGGGUGAGAAGGCCCACCGCUGCCCCCUGUGCCACUACCGGGCCGUGGAGAAGAAUGCUCUGAACCGGCACAUGGCAAGCAUGCAUGAGAAUAUCUCCAAUUUCUACUCGGAUGUCUACACAUGCCCUGUGUGCCACGAGGAAUUCCGCCUCAGCCAGGCUCUCAAGGAACACCUGAAGAGCCACGCUGCUGAGCCCACGCGCCUGCACUGCUUCCAGGAGGGCUGCAGCCACGCUGCCCCUGACCGGAAGGCCUUCAUCCGGCAUCUCCGGGAGGCCCACGGGGUGCGAGCGGUAGAGUGCCGGCACCACUCCUGCCCCAUGCUCUUCGCCACGGCCGAAGCGAUGGAGGCCCACCGCAAGAGCCACUAUGCGUUCCACUGCCCACACUGUGACUUUGCCUGUUCCAACAAGCACCUAUUCCGCAAGCAUAAGAAACAGGGGCACCCCGGCAGUGAGGAACUGCGCUGUGCAUUCUGUCCCUUUGCCACCUUCAACCCUGUGGCCUACCAAGACCACGUGGGCAAGAUGCAUGCCCACGAGAAGAUCCACCAGUGUCCCGAGUGCAGUUUUGCUACUGCCCACAAGAGGGUGCUCAUCCGCCACACACUGCUCCACACUGGAGAGAAACCCCACAAAUGUGAGCUGUGUGACUUCACCUGCCGAGAUGUGAGCUACCUGUCCAAACACAUGCUGACCCACUCAAACACCAAGGAUUACAUGUGCACCGAAUGUGGCUACGUCACCAAGUGGAAACACUACCUCAGUGUGCACAUGCGCAAGCAUGCCGGCGACCUCAGGUACCAGUGCAACCAGUGUUCCUAUCGCUGCCACCGUGCCGACCAGCUGAGCAGUCAUAAGUUGCGCCACCAGGGCAAGUCCCUAAUGUGUGAAGUGUGUGCAUUUGCCUGCAAACGCAAAUAUGAGCUGCAGAAACACAUGGCCUCCCAGCACCGCCCAGGAGCUCCAGCCCCCCUGUACCCUUGUCGAUACUGCAGCUACCAGAGCCGCCACAAACAGGCCCUGCUGAGCCACGAAAACUGCAAACACACGCGCCUGCGAGAAUUCCGCUGUGCCCUCUGUGACUACCGUACUUUCAGCAACACCACUCUUUUCUUCCACAAGCGGAAGGCCCACGGCUACGUGCCUGGGGCCCAGACCUGGCCGCACGGACAUGCUAGCCAAGAGCAGGAUGGCACCAAACAGUGCCCAGCUUCUCUACCAGGGCCAGGGGCCUCAAGCCAGUCCUCUCCCCAGGAGGAGGGACAGUGCCCACAGCCUGUGGAGUCAGUCGAGUCCAGCUUUAACCAAGCGUUGUCAGAGAUUCACAUGGAGAAGGGAGAGGGAAAAGGAGGAGAAAUUAGUGCCCCCCCUGAGGAUAACUUUGUGGGGCAGUCUCCCAGUCCUGCGGAGGUGGAUGAGGAUGGCUGUACCCUGCACCUGGAGGCAUUACGUGUUGAGUUGGAGACUGCCUCUGGGCCUCCCCCCCCUGAAAUGACAGAGACAUCCCCUAUGGAAUAUGGGCAUCUGGGCGCCUCAGAGGAGCCAGAUGGCACAUUGGAGGCUCUGCCUGGCUUUGAGGAAGAGCCAGAGCUCCCAAAUGGCGGUCAAUCUGACUUAGGAUCUGUGAGGGAACCUGUGCUAGAGAAGUCUGCCCCCAACUCCCCUAGAAACCCCUUAUCCUCGGAUGACCCCCCUGCUAAUGUAAAGCGACCCUUUGAGCCCCCUCCGUCCCCUGGGGCACCAGCCCUGUCCCAGCUCCCGCAGUCAGAAUCAGUGCUCAAAGCACUACGAAGACGGGACAAAGAACAGGCAGAAACCCUGGUACUGGAGGGGCGGGUGCAGAUGCUGGUGGUGCAAGGGGAAGGACGGGCCUUCCGCUGUCCACACUGCCCUUUCGUCACCCGCCGUGAGAAGGCACUAGGGCUCCACACCAAGACUGGGUGCCAGGGCCGCCGGGAGCCCCUCCUUUGUUCAGGAUGUGGGGCCAGCUUCAAGCAGCAGCGUGGGCUGAACACCCACCUCCUCAAGAAAUGCCCUGUCCUGCUCGGAAAGAAUAAGCCUUCGCUCAAACCCAGCUCUCCUGCCCUUCGGGACUCUCAGUCUAUUGUUACUGUUGCCUUGGAGAAUAUGAGUGAGGAGAUGCCCUGCUCUGCGACCUGGGAAGCUAAGCUGGUGCCUGCUGAGGAUCCCCCUGCUGAGCCUCCCCUGUCAGCCAAGGAAGGCAGUGAGACCCGGGGCCCCCCCUCUGACUCGUUAGCCCCGACAGAACAUUCCACGCCCGAGGCAUCACCUGCGGAAUUCCACUUCAAGCAGGGGAAGUUCCAUUGCCGUGCCUGCCCAUUCCUGUGUUCCCGUCUGUCAUCCAUCACUUCCCACGUAACCGAGGGCUGCCGGGGCCAGAGCUGGGGCAGCAAACGUGGGAGCGGGACCUGUCGAGCUGAGCCAGGCCCAAGCAGCGGGGAAAAGAGUGGGCCGAGAAGUAACCGGGAGGAGCCAGACCCAGCUGGGGAGGAUCGUGCCCAGGAGCCCCAGAAAGGGGCCCGGUUCUCCUGCCCCACCUGCCCUUUCAGCUGCAGGCAGGAGCGAGCUCUCAGGACGCACCAGGCCCGGGGCUGCCCCGGGGCUGAACCCCGAGAGCUGCGCUGCAGCCUCUGCCCCUUCACUACUCGAGGUCCAGCCGCUCUGCGGCUCCACCAGACGCGGCAACACCAGGCAGCCCUCGCACCUUCCCCUGCCCCGCCAGUCCCCCGAGGUCCCCGCCCCCUGCUACGGUGCCAGGAUUGCAGCUUCACAUGCAAGCAGAGCCGAUGCCUGCAGCAGCAUCGGCGGCUGAAGCACGAAGGAGUGAAGCCCCACCAGUGCCCUUUCUGCGAGUUCUCCACCACGCGGCGCUACCGCCUGGAAGCUCACCAGUCUCGGCACACGGGAGUGGGCCGCAUCCCAUGUGGGUCCUGCCCCCAGACUUUUGGUACCAACUCCAAGCUGCGCUUGCACAGGCUGAGGGUCCAUGACAAGACGCCCACUCAUUUUUGCCCACUCUGUGACUACAGCGGCUACCUGCAGCACGACAUCACCCGACACGUUAAUAGCUGCCACCAGGGCACGCCAGCCUUUGCCUGUCCCCGGUGUGAAGCCCGCUUCAGUUCAGAGACAGCGCUGAAGCAGCACGCGCUGAGGCGACACCCAGACCCUGCGCCUUCGGCGCCGGGCUCACCCGCUGAGGCCUCCGAAGGCCCUCUGCACUGUCCUCACUGUGGCCUCUCUUGCCCCAGCCCUGCUGGCCUGCGAUGCCACACUCGCAAACAGCACCCCAGGCUGGAGUGCAGUGCGUGCCAGGAGGCUUUCUCCAGCCGGGGAGCCCUAGAAGAGCAUCGGAGGCAGCAGCACUUCAGCCACCGGUGCCACCUGUGCAGCUUCGCGGCGCGGGAGCGGGCCGGGCUUGUGAAGCACUACCUGGAGCAGCACGAGAAGGCGGGCACAGGGGAUGGUGGGGCUGGGGGGCCCCCACUGCGCUGCCCCUUCUGUGACUUUGGUUGCCGACACCAGCUGGUGCUCGAUCACCACGUGAAGGGGCAUGGGGGAACACGGUUGUACAAGUGCACCGACUGCGCGUACAGCACCAAGAACAGGCAGAAGAUCACUUGGCACAGCCGGAUCCACACUGGGGAGAAGCCGUACCGCUGUCAUCUCUGUCCGUAUGCUUGUGCUGACCCCUCCCGCCUCAAGUACCACAUGCGAAUCCACAAAGAGGAGCGUAAAUAUUUGUGUCCCGAGUGUGGCUACAAAUGCAAGUGGGUAAACCAGCUCAAAUAUCACAUGACUAAGCACACAGGACUGAAGCCGUACCAGUGUCCUGAGUGUGAGUAUUGUACAAACCGGGCAGAUGCACUCCGGGUGCACCAGGAGACUCGGCAUCAGGAGGCCAGGGCCUUCAUGUGUGAGCAGUGUGGCAAGGCCUUCAAGACAAGGUUUCUGCUACGCACCCACCUUCGGAAGCACAGUGAGGACAAGCCGUAUGUGUGCAACGUGUGCCACCGAGCUUUCCGCUGGGCUGCUGGCCUCCGCCACCAUGCCCUCACCCACACUGACCACCACCCUUUCUUCUGCCGCCUCUGCAGCUACAAAGCCAAGCAGAAGUUUCAGGUGGUCAAGCAUGUCAGGAGGCACCAUCCUGACCAGACUGACCCCAGCCAGAGUGUGGGCAAAGACCCCACCACCCCAACAGUGCAUCUUCAUGACGUGCAGCUUGAGGAUCCUGUUCCCCUAGGUCCUGCUGCACCUGAAGGCUGAGCCAGGCUUCUAAGAAGUCAUGCAUCAGGAGACAAGGGCCUGGACCCGAACCAGAUACUGGUACUGAGGAGGGCCGAGGAAUUGCUGGCUUCGUCACCUCUGGGAGGCUGGGCCCCUCCUAGGGUGGGGCAUAGGGUACUAUGAAAUGUACAGCUGUGUAACAAUGACUGGAUCAGAGUAUGAUUUAUUACACUUAAGGUGUUUUUAGUCCUCAGGAUCCCUAAGAUUUUCCUUUAGAAAUCCUAAAUUCAGGGGCUUGGAUUUUAUCAAUUCUUUAAAGGCCUUUUCUUCUUACGUGUCACAUCUUUCACUAUUUCAUCAUCAUCAGGACAUCUUUAUUAAGCAUCUAAUAGCAUAUACUUUGUACAAAGCAACUUAAACAGGAUGUGAUCUCUA